AAGCUCUUUCUACUUCCCAGCGACCUCGCGCUGUCGCAUAUACCCCAGCUCCUUCUUUUUUAUACAGUCUGACGGCACAGCGCAAAUACCCAUCCUCUCUUCGCCUGCGAAAGGGUGUCAUGUUAUCCCCUCGCUCAGUCAGCUAUGAUCGAAUUGAGGGGGGAAUGGGUCCCAGUAGAGGGUAUCCAGCGAAACAGAGAUUCGCGUGGAAGAAAUUUGCUGUCGGUGCUGCAGUCCUUAUAGGCCUUGUCUGGAUUUUCGGUCCCAGAGAGAGAAGACAUAUACCUUCGUGGGUAUCAGACUCGACGAAAGAGCUUGAAGAGAGCCAUACAACGACUCUGUGGUCUCCCUCAAAGCCUUCGACCACCAACCCUCCCGCUCUUCCUGCAGAGCCGAACAAUCCAAGCAAACAGCCACCCAUUUCUCCACCGGUAAACGAUGACAAGCCCAUUUCCUUUGAUACAGAUCCCAAUCCUGCCAGUACUACCUACUGUACAUCGCCUUACUCAUCUACUGUUCCCCUCGUUCAAUAUGCUCUUAUGCUCGACGCUGGUUCCACGGGCUCUCGCAUCCAUAUCUACAAAUUCAAUCAUUGUUCCGCCUCUGGCCCAACAUACGAGUACGAAGUCUUCAAAAUGACACAGCCUGGGUUAUCAUCUUAUCCGGAUGACCCAGAAGGCGCUGCCAAGAGUCUGGACGUGCUUAUGGCUGAGGCGGUGAGGACAGUGCCAGAGUCAUUGCAAAAAUGCGCGCCUGUUGCAGUCAAGGCUACCGCAGGCCUGAGAUUGCUGGGUCCCGAAAAGAGUGCCGCCAUUCUGGACAAAGUCAAAGAGCAUCUUAGCGCGUCGUACCCCUUUCCACUUCUAGAGCAAGGUGGCGUUGAGGUAAUGGACGGCAGUGAAGAGGGUGUCUACGCCUGGAUAACCGCUAAUUACCUUCUUGGAACGCUCUCAUCAGCAUCGUCCACUGCGUCUUUGAUCACGCCAUAUGCGGUAUUGGACCUUGGGGGAGCAUCCACCCAAAUUGUCUUUGAACCACGGUGGGAACAAAGUGAAGGUCGCCUCGAAGACGGUGAACACAAAUACGACCUCACUUUCAGCGGGAAAGACCAUGUUUUGUACCAGCACUCCUACUUGGGUUACGGCUUAAUGCGCGCUAGGCGACACGUUCACCAGCUUGUUGAAUUCAUGUCAUCGAUUCGUCCUGGUGCUGCCUCAUCAUCAUCCUCGUCGUCUUCGGACGGCGAAACUGCCCAAAUAGUGAAUCCUUGUCUGGCACGCGGUACUACCAAAUACGUGGAAAUUGACGGUCGUGGCCUGACCAUGUACGGUGAAGACGUUGGCUCUUAUGACGCAUGCAACCGCAUUGUCGAGCUUGUGCUUGCAAAGGAUGCAGUAUGCGAACUCAAACCAUGUUCCUUCAACGGCGUCUACCAGCCGUCACUUCUAGACUCAUUUCCCAGCCCAGGCGGACGAGUCCUUCUUCUCUCGUACUUCUAUGAUCGCGUAUCCCCCCUACUUGCUCCCGGCAUGGAAUCCUUGACUGUUGGAGGUAUCGCUGACCUCGCAAAGACUGUGUGCCAAGGCAGACAGGCCUGGCUUUUGCACCCUCAUUGGGGCACAGAUCCAGAGUUAAUGAAGGAGCUGGAGGACCGUCCAGAGUGGUGUCUAGAUCUUACGUUCAUGAAUGGCUUACUCAGGCUUGGGUAUGAGUUCGGUAAUGACAGAGACGUGACCAUUGGUAAGAAGAUCGCUGGGACGGAGUUGGGCUGGUGUUUGGGUGCCACACUUGCCAUGAUCGGUGGUGAGCUAACGUGCCGGAUUUGAUUUAUUUCUUCUUGUCAAAAAAUACCAGGCAUUUUUGGAUAUAGAUAUUCCUACUAAUUGGGAAAACACCGUAUACAGGAUAGACAAACUGAAGAAGUUGACGAGACCUUACGCUUCCGGCUUCGAAGGUUCAACGUGUCCUUCCUGAAUGUUAUUUAGCUUGUCCUCCUCGGCAUCCAACUUCCUGACGGCAAACCAGAAGAAUAUGCCCGCUAUGCCCGCGAUUGUAGCCAUGACGCCGUAGUUCCAAACCAAUAAUGGGUCGGCGGACAGGGAUACAAAUG